AUGGAUUUAACUACCAUCACCUUCUCCUUGCUGAACUCAUCCGCGGAUAAUAACGGCACGAGUGCACCGAGACCCCCGCCACAUUCCCAGUGCGCGGCUGUGUUGAUCAUUCUCGUGGUCACCGUGAUAAUCUUGGUGACCAUUGUUGGGAACGUGUUAGUCGUGGUGGCCGUUUUCACCAGCCGCGCGCUGCGUGCGCCACAGAACCUCUUUCUAGUCUCUUUGGCGUCCGCGGAUAUUUUGGUGGCCACUUUGGUCAUCCCCUUCUCCCUCGCCAAUGAAGUGAUGGGCUACUGGUACUUCGGCAGCACCUGGUGUGCCUUCUACCUGGCUCUGGACGUGCUUUUCUGCACGUCAUCCAUCGUCCACCUCUGCGCCAUCAGUUUGGACAGGUACUGGUCGGUGACCAAAGCGGUCAGUUACAACCUAAAGAGGACCCCGAGGAGAAUCAAGAGCAUGAUCACGAUGGUGUGGGUCAUUUCGGCCGUGAUCUCCUUCCCACCGCUUCUCAUGACCAAACACGACGAGCUGGAGUGCUUGCUGAAUAACGAGACCUGGUACAUUCUCUCAUCCUGCGUAGUGUCGUUUUUUGCGCCCGGUCUCAUCAUGAUUUUGGUCUACUGUAAGAUUUACAGGGUGGCCAAACAGCGCGCGGCCACCGUGUUCGUGGCCAAAAACUGUAUGGAGCGACAGACUUCGCAGUCAGAAACAUGCUUCAUGCGUAAGUCUGGCAAGUCAGAUGUGGAGAGCCCCAACAGCCACAGCUCGGGCAGUUGCGAGCGCAAAGGCGAGCUAGACGACAUCGAUCUGGAGGAAAGCAGCGUCUCCAACAAACACGGGAACUCGCGCUUCACCAAGGGCAGGAAAGUGGAAGGGGAAAAUCAGUGCCCAAAGCCAAAUGGACGCCUGUCGUGGGCAUGCGGCCGUGCCUCGGAGCUCGACCAGGAGAAGAAGACGCGACAGCUGUCUUACUCCAAGUCCAAACUGGCACAGAUGCGAGAGAAGCGCUUUACAUUUGUUCUGGCCGUGGUCAUGGGGGUGUUCGUGCUCUGCUGGUUCCCUUUCUUCUUCACCUACAGCCUUCAUGCCAUUUGCCGCGAAAGUUGCACAAUACCGGAUUCUCUGUUUAACCUAUUUUUCUGGAUUGGCUACUGCAACAGCUCAGUGAACCCUAUAAUAUAUACCAUCUUCAACAGAGACUUUAGGAAAGCGUUCAAGAAGAUUAUGUGCCAGAACCCAAUAAGCACGUAAAUGUACAUAUUGGCGCGUGUGAUUCGCUUACCUGUGUAUGAGUGCUUAAAACUGAGAGACAUUUUGCGCGCGCGUCCGCGUCUCUGUAAACUGUGUUAUAUUUAUUGAUCUCUGUAGACUCAAAAGUUUUUCCUGUUCUUUGUUUACAUGUCUUGAAAUGUAGUACACUAUUUUAUAUUUUAGCUUAAAAAUAUUUACAGUAUGU